GAAAAUUUGACUAUUUUUCUUAACUUUGGAAAGGUGGAGGAACAUCAUCCGCCCCCCAGACUCCCGAAGAGGCAAAUUGUUCGUCCCCGUUUCGUGCGCCGGUCUCCCCUUUGUCCACCUCCCUACCCCAUCCUUCGCCGCUCCCACCCACUGUCCGUACACAACGCACAGACUCCUCUCUCUCUCUCUCUCUCUCUGAUAGAAUAGAAGAAACAGGCUAGGGUUUUAAACCCAAGUUCUGUCUACCAUGUUAAUGGCUUCUGAAAAUCCCUAGUCAACGAUCCCCAUUUCUUUCUCAUUGUUCUAUUUUUCAGUUCUACAAUCAAUUUGUUCCACGCCGAUAUGGAGGGUGCUAAUAACAACAACGGCGACGAGAUACCAACGGCCGGCGGCGCACACCAGGCGGAUUCGGGUUCAAGUUCGGCUCCGGCGCCGGCGCCCUUACUGAACUCCAACGCCCCGCCGCCGUUCCUGAGCAAGACGUACGACAUGGUGGACGACCCAGCUACCGACCCGGUCGUGUCCUGGAGCCCCACCAACAACAGCUUCGUGGUUUGGAACCCGCCGGAGUUCGCUAGGGACCUCCUGCCCAAGUACUUCAAGCACAAUAACUUCUCUAGCUUCGUUAGGCAGUUGAACACCUACGGAUUUAGGAAGAUUGAUCCAGACCGCUGGGAAUUUGCGAAUGAAGGAUUUUUGAGGGGUCAAAAACAUCUCCUUAAGAGCAUCAAUCGGCGUAAACCUACCCAUGGACAUAGUCAUCAACAGCAACAGCCAUCACAUGGACAGAAUUCAAUGGGUGCGUGUGUAGAAGUUGGGAAGUUUGGCCUCGAGGAAGAGGUUGAGAGGCUAAAAAGGGACAAGAAUGUGCUUAUGCAGGAACUUAUCAGGUUGAGGCAGCAGCAGCAGUCUACUGAUAACCAGCUACAAACAAUGGUGCAGCGUCUUCAGGGCAUGGAGCAGCGGCAACAACAGAUGAUGUCAUUCCUUGCAAAGGCAAUGCAUAGCCCUGAUUUCUUCACUCAAUUUGUACAGAAAAAUGAGAGCAAUAGGCGCAUAACUGAAGUCAACAAAAAACGGAGACUUAAGCAGGAAGGUAUUGCUGAGAGAGAGCGUUCUAAUGCUCCUGAUGGACAGAUUGUUAAGUAUCAGCCUCCCAUGAAUGGAGCAGCAAAGGCAAUGCUCAGGCAGAUCAUGAAUACAGAUACGUCAUCUCGGUUGGAAUCUUUUAAUAACAAUUCUGAUAACUUCUUGAUCAGUGAUGGUUCAUCCUCAUCCAGUGCAAUAGACCGUGGGAGUUCUUCAAGCCGCGUGUCAGGAGUGACACUUCAGGAGGUCCCACUAAAUUCAGUGCAUGGCUUGCCUUCUGCAAUUUCUGAAACACAAUCUUCUCUGCGGACUGCAAACUCUGGAACAGUUAUGAGAUCUCCAUUCUCAGAUGUAAAUGCCCUUGUUGGAGAAGAGUCCCCAUCAAUUCCCAUACCUCAGACAAAUGUAAAUAUUCCGGAGCUUUCUCAAAUAGCAGAUAUGUCACCCGAAGGCUUAGUGGAUAUUCCUGAAGAAAGCAUGGCAGCUGAUGACAUUGGUGUUGGAUUUAUUGAAAACAUGGCAUCUGAAGCGGGUGAUGGAUUUAUGGACCCCACAUCAUUGGUAAUGAAUGGGUCAUUGCCAAUAGAUUUUGAUGAUAUUUCGUCGGACAUAGAAGCAUUUCUAAAGGAUUGGGAUGAUGUUUUACAAAACCCGGGGGCAGAUGAAAUGGAUUCUAUUUGUGCAGGAGUGCCCAUGGAAAAUGAAAAGCAGCAGCCAACUGAGAAUGGAUGGGACAAAACCCAGAAUAUGGAUAAUCUGACUGAAAAAAUGGGACUUCUUACAUCAGAGACCAAAGGGGUGUGAUCUUGUUUACCUGCUAAUGUACAUUAGUCUCAUCACUAGCUAAACCCUAGAGACGACAUACUAACUGCGGUAUUUUAAUCUCAGGGUCCUUGAUAUAUUGCUUGAUCUUGUAUUUUGCCCAUUUUAGUUUCUAGUUUCUAUUUCCAUUUUGAUUUUUUUUUCCUCUUGUCAGUGUUGAAUGAAACCGAAAAAGGACAUGCCGGUUAUAGAGGUUGAUGUCCUGCUCCAGGUGGAGUUAGAGGCGCAGCCUUUUAUUUGAAGGAAUUGGUUCGUAAGGGAAUGCUUGUUCCUUGAAAACUAA